AAUGUCUGGAGUUUGUGAGGAUGUAAAAAAAGACCAAAAAGUAGAUAGCUGAGAAGUGCCUAACAAAUGUUUGAAGCAGAUAUAACGUGAAAACAAUGUCGGUUGUUUGAAAAAUUGAAACGGCAUAAAAUUCAACCAAAAUUUGCAUUUUUGUUGAAAAUUUUGUUCAUAUAUCUCUAUAUUCUACUCGUUAAUAAUUUAAGCAUUGUGAUUUCAAGAUGCCUCGAAUUAUGAUAAAAGGUGGUGUUUGGAGGAACACUGAGGAUGAGAUAUUAAAGGCUGCUGUAAUGAAAUAUGGCAAAAACCAGUGGUCAAGAAUUGCAUCUCUCUUACAUAGAAAAUCUGCUAAACAAUGCAAGGCGAGAUGGUAUGAGUGGCUGGAUCCUAGCAUCAAGAAAACGGAAUGGACUAGGGAUGAAGAAGAAAAAUUGUUGCAUUUGGCUAAACUUAUGCCGACUCAGUGGAGAACAAUUGCUCCUAUUAUUGGAAGAACUGCUGCUCAGUGUUUGGAACAUUAUGAAUAUUUGCUUGAUCAAGCUCAAAGAAAGGAAGAAGAUGGUGAAAUGGCUGAUGAUCCUCGUAAACUUAAGCCUGGAGAAAUUGAUCCCAAUCCUGAAACUAAACCUGCACGUCCUGAUCCUCAGGAUAUGGAUGAAGAUGAAAUGGAAAUGUUAUCUGAAGCCAGGGCUAGACUUGCUAACACUCAAGGUAAAAAAGCCAAAAGAAAAGCUCGAGAAAAACAGUUAGAAGAGGCCAGGCGCUUGGCUGCUUUACAGAAACGAAGGGAACUUAGAAUGGCUGGAAUUCAGCUAGAGGCUCGUAAAAGAAAAAAGCGAACUAUUGAUUAUAAUGCUGAAAUUCCAUUUGAAAAGAAACCUGUUGCUGGUUUAUAUGAUACUUCUGAAGAAACAUAUGAUCCCAUGGAGCCAGAUUAUAGACGGUUGAGACAACAACAAUUAGAUGGAGAACUUAGAAGUGAACGAGAGGAGAAAGAAAGAAAAAAAGAUAAACAAAAGUUGAAAAAGCGGAAAGAAAAUGAUAUACCAUCUACCAUGUUUUCUGAAAAUUUUGAAGUUGCUAAAAAACGAAGCAAAUUAGUCCUUCCAACUCCUCAAAUAACUGAUGCAGAGCUUGAACAAGUUGUUAAGCUAGGAAAAGCUAGUGAAAGUGCAAGAGAGGCAGCUGAAGAGUCAGGAAGUAAAGUAUCUGAAACCCUUCUCCCUGACUAUAAUUUAAAUCCUAAUGCUCUUAGUGCACGAACUCCUCGUACACCUGCUACAAAUAGAGAUAGCAUUUUGAUGGAAGCACAAAAUAUAAUGGCUCUUACUAAUGUAGAUACUCCACUGAAAGGAGGCCUGAACACUCCUCUUCAUGAAUCUGAUUUUAGUGGAGUUACUCCAAAGAGAGAUACAGUGCAAACUCCCAAUACUUUAAUUGCAGCAUCAUUCAGAACUAAUUCAACUGGAACUACUCCUAAUAGAACACCAGGUACAGCUAAAUCUGGUAAAGAAAUGACUCCUAUUAACACGCCUACUCCUUUAAGAGACAAGCUUAAUAUUAAUCCUGAAGAUCACAUUGGAUUUGAAGAUAUGCUGUCUGCUAAAAAUUAUAAAGCAGAAAGUAGAAAUAUGUUGAAGAAAGCUCUUACUGCUUUACCUGCUCCUAGAAAUGAUUAUGAAAUUGUCGUUCCUGAAGAUGAGCAAAAAGAAGAAGUAAAUGAACAUCAAGAAGUGGCAGUAGUUCUAGAUCAAGCUGAUGUUGAUUUAUUGAAACAACAGGAACAAAAAGCUUUGUUGGAAGCAGAACGAAAGAAACAGUCAACUGCUGUCCAGAGAGAUUUACCCAGACCUUCUGAUGUAAAUUCUAACAUAUUAAGACCAUCCCAUUGUGAUCCUCCAUUGACAGAAUUACAAAAAGCUGAAGAAUUAAUAAAGCAAGAAAUGUUGAUUAUGAUGCAUAAUGAUGCAAUCAAAAAUCCUAUGCUACUGGGUGGCCAAGGCAAGAAAGUUAUACCACCUCGUGGUAAUCUAGCUCAUCAUCAAUCAUAUCUUGAUAGGCAUCCAUAUGUAGAAUAUGGAGAGGAGGAUUUGUCCACUGCCUCUACUCUACUGAAACAAGAAAUGGAUGUUGUAAAAAAGGGUAUGGGUCAUGGUGAUCUCAGUUUAGAAGCUUAUACACAGGUUUGGGAAGAAUGUUUAGCUCAAGUAUUGUUCUUACCCAACCAAAAUCGAUAUACCAGAGCAAAUUUAGCUAGUAAGAAAGACAGAAUAGAAUCAUUGGACAAGAGACUUGAGCAAAAUAGAAGUCAAAUGACUAAAGAAGCAAAGCGAGCUGCAAAGAUUGAAAAGAAAUUAAGAAUACUGCUUGGUGGCUAUCAAAACCGAUAUCAGGCGUUAAUGAAACAACACCAAGAUUUAGUUGAGCAGGUAGAGCAAACUCACUUGGAGUUAAACACUUUUAAAACUCUUCAAGAGUUGGAAAGUUUAGCCAUUACUAAAAGGGUUGAGUCUCUGACUGAAGAUGUGAAUAGACAAGUUGAAAGAGAAAGCAUGUUACAGAAUAAAUAUGAGACACUUCUUCAUACCAAAGAAAAAUUAGAUAUUCAUAUACAAAGCAAAUCUUCUGAUACUCCAUGCGUUACUGUAACUUGAUGUAUUUCAUGAAUCUUUGCAAAAAAGUAAUUUGUAAAUAUUUGCUUGAAACAGUUCUUUUCUAUUGACACCACUUUUAUAAAUGGUUAUGUCAAUGAGUGCUAAAAAACAUGCUAAAUUUUCCUGGUUUAAUAAACUCUUAUAAUUUCAUUACAUGUUGUAACUCCAAAUGCGUGUUUAUUUUAGACAAAAUGAUAUGAUUAUCAUUCAUAGUUGAGUUUCAUUAGGUCAUAAUUUGUUCUUUCAAUGUCAUUAUUAAAAUGGUUAAUAAAUGCAUAAAGUUGUUA